CAGGACCGUUGGAUGCCUGCAGUACCGUCUCCGACCUAUGGGGUCGCUGUGGAGUUGCGAGACACUUCAGGAUGCUCCGGAAAUAUUCGACAUAAACCGGAAAAGAAACGACUGUUUACCGGAGAUGGGAGUUCCGGCGUUUUUCCGUUGGCUCAGCCGAAAAUAUCCAUCAAUUAUUGUGCACUGUGUGGAGGAAAAGGGGAAGGAGUGCAAUGGAGUUCGUAUUCCUGUUGAUACAACAAAGCCAAACCCCAAUGAGGUGGAAUUUGACAAUUUGUACUUGGACAUGAAUGGGAUCAUUCACCCCUGCACGCAUCCAGAAGACAAACCGGCUCCCAAAAACGAGGAUGAAAUGAUGGUCGCGAUCUUCGAGUACAUUGACCGCCUGUUUAACAUCGUGCGGCCAAGGAGAGUUCUCUACAUGGCCAUCGACGGAGUGGCUCCACGUGCCAAAAUGAAUCAGCAGCGCUCUCGGCGGUUUCGUGCCUCCAAAGAAGGGGUCGAGUUGGUGGAGGAGAAGAGUCGCGUGAGAGAGGAGGUCAUCCAGAAAGGAGGUUAUCUUCCUCCGGAGGAGAUUAAAGAAAGGUUUGACAGCAACUGUAUCACCCCAGGAACAGAGUUCAUGGACAACCUGGCACACUGUCUGCGAUAUUAUGUGGCCGAAAGACUCACCAACGAUCCAGGAUGGAAGAAUAUUGUUGUCUUCCUGUCUGAUGCCAGCGUCCCAGGUGAAGGUGAACACAAGAUUAUGGACUUCAUCAGGAGACAGAGAGCUCAGCCCAACCAUGACCCCAACACGCAUCACUGCCUGUGUGGAGCUGACGCUGACCUGAUCAUGCUGGGCCUGGCCACUCACGAGCCAAACUUCACGAUCAUCAGAGAGGAGUUUAAACCCAACAAACCGCGACCUUGCGGUCUCUGCGGACAGACUGGCCACGAGAUCAAGGACUGUCAGGGGAUGCCCAGAGAGAAGCAGGGGCAGCAUGAUGAGUUUGCAAACACGAUGCCGUCGGCUGAGCAGGAGUUCAUAUUCAUCAGACUGUGUGUUCUGCGGGAGUACCUGGCCAGAGAGCUGACCAUGGCCAGUCUGCCUUUUCCCUUCGACUUUGAGAGGAGUGUAGAUGACUGGGUCUUUAUGUGUUUCUUUGUUGGAAAUGACUUCCUACCACAUCUUCCGUCCUUAGAAAUCAGAGAGGGAGCGAUAGAUCGACUGGUCAGGAUCUACAAAGAUGUUGUUCACAAAACUGGAGGCUACCUGACACAGAACGGAUACGUCAACCUGGAGCGAGUUGAGAUGAUCAUGCAGGCUGUGGGCGUUGCUGAGGACAACAUCUUCAAGAAACGCAAAGAGGAUGAGGAAAACUUUAAGAGAAGAAACAAAGAGAAAAGAAAAAGAAUGAAAGCGGAGCAGCAGGGUCCGGCCUACCUGACCACGGGUCAGUUUGCCCCUCAUGCCCUGGGGAGAAGAGACCGACCCGAGGCUGUCCAGAAUGCUCGGCACCAGGCCUGUGACAUGAGGAUGCAGUCAAACAUGAGUGCUGCUCAAUCCUUGAAGGCCAUGAUGAAGAAUGGAGGCAAUUCGUCUGCAGGUCCCAGUGACAGUGCAGACAGCAGGGGAGUGAAGAGGAAAGCUGAUGACAGCGAUAGCGAGCCGGAGCCUGAAGACAACGUCAGGUUGUGGGAGGAAGGCUGGAAGCAGAGGUACUACAAGAACAAGUUUGACGUGGACGCGACAGAUGAGGAUUUCAGGCGGAAGGUGGUCCAGUCGUACGUGGAGGGUCUCUGCUGGGUACUGCGCUACUAUUACCAGGGCUGUGCUUCUUGGAAGUGGUACUUCCCGUUCCACUACGCACCGUUCGCCUCUGACUUCAAAGACAUCAAAGACAUGUUCUCAGACUUUGAGAAGGACACCAAACCAUUCAAGCCACUGGAGCAGCUGAUGGGAGUGUUUCCUGCCGCCAGCGGUAACUUCCUGCCACCAACAUGGAGGAACCUCAUGAGCAGUCCGGAUUCCUCGAUCAUCGACUUUUACCCCGAUGACUUUGCCAUUGAUCUAAACGGCAAGAAAUACGCCUGGCAGGGUGUUGCCUUGUUGCCUUUUGUGGAUGAACGUCGGCUGAGGGCGGCUUUGGCUGAUGUUUACCCCGACCUCACUCCUGAGGAAAAGAGGAGAAACAGCCUGGGAAGUGACGUGUUGUUUCUGGGGAAGUCUCACCCACUCUUUGACUUCAUCCAUGAACUGUAUCGCACAGAAUCUAACGAGGACACUGAAAUCCCUGCAGAGCUGUGCCAUGGAAUCCAAGGUAGACUAAAUCUCGAUGACGACCCUAUUCUACCAGAUAAUACGGUGAGGUCGCCUGUUCCAAUGCUGCGAGAUAUUUCACAGAACACUGCAAUCGGAGUGAAGUUCAAGGAUCCCCAGUAUCCAGAUGGCUUUGUGUUCAAGGCGGUCCUCCUGCCUGGAGCAAAGAUUCCCAGUAAGGUUCUGAAACCCGAGGACUGGGUGAGAGGCAAUGGGCAAUCUUGGAGGCCUCAGCUGGGUUUCAACCCAAACAGGCAGCAGGCUCACCUGGACCAGUCUGGCUUCAGGGCUCUGGGCCACAAUCUGAACAGAAGCCAACAAGGUGGAGGACAAUACAGCAGCACUCCACCGCCAAGCAGCUACAACCAAGGAGGCUACCGACCUUCACACAGCGGUGGCCACCAGUCUUUUCAACAUUCCAGGCAGAACAGUCUGAUGGGAGCGCCUCCCUCCUUCCACCAGCCCCAGUUUCCAAGGCAGCAGCAGCAGCAGCAGCAGCACUACGAUCGCCGUAGAGACGACUGGCACGAUCGCGGAGAUAACCGGGGGCAGCACCAUCAGGGCUACAGCUCCGGCAGAGGUUACCCUCUCCCUCCUCCAUCCAGAAGAUACAACUGGAACUAAACUCUUAAUGAUGUUGGGAUUUUAUGGAAUGGGGAACUGUUUUUAGGGGAACAAUGUCAACAUCUAGCUUUUUUUUUUGUCCACAUUUCAUAUUAUUGUCUUGUACAAGG